AUGGAGAACUCGAUGUCGGAGACGAAGAGAAAAACUCAAGUUCCUCUGCUCGUGACCUCGCACACUAGAGCCCACGACAAACAUUCUUUCUACAGCCUCUCAGGCAACUGGUCCCGCACGGUCUCCAUCGCCAAUUUCUCCGGCAAGCGCGUGCUCGGCUCCAACCACGGCUGGCUGGCCAUGGCCGACCCCCUCACCGAUGAGUGCUUCCUCUGGAACCCGCAGCUCGCCAAUAAAAUUCUUCUCCCCCAACUCCGCAAGUCGUCUCGCUACAAAAUAUGUGUCCUCUCGAAACCCCCGACCGAGCAGGGCUGCUUGGCAGCUUUUAUCUGCCCAUACGGCUUCAAACUGUCCGUGUGUGUGGUCGGGGCCCACGAGUUUUCCAAGCUAACCCUAUUGAAACUCCCGAGUCCCUUCUUAAUGACGGCCAUCGGUGCUCUCCACGGUCAAAUUUACGGCGUGUUCUUUUCCAGGCGCGGCGACUACCAGCUUAUGACCGUUGGCCUUGUCGACGGGCCAACCAUCAUGAUCGUGCCGUUAAUGUCGGCCGACGGGUCGGGCCUCUGGAUACUGCCCCUAUCGGAACUGAGAUGGGUCAUGGGCGUGCGCCCGAGCUACCUGAUCGAGUCGCCAGCUGGCGGGGGCGAGCUCCUUCUUGUGAUAAAGGUGUUCUUAUUCCGCUACUAUGCGGAGGAUGAUGGCAUUGUGUUCCGUGUUUUCCGAGUAAAUGUGGAGCGGAGGGAGUGCGUGGAACUGGACCGAAUAGAUGGGAUGACGAUUUUCAUCGGCUCGUGCGGAAAUGGGGUUUUGUCAACGGUCCGGCUCUGGGGGAGGAACCAAGUCGAAUUGCAUAUACUAUGCGAAUAA